UUCUCACUUCUCGUCGCCUUAACUAAAAGUGCAUCUUCUUCACAGUUUGUUAUAAAGGUCCCUUGUUUUUCUCUCCUUUCCAAUUUACUAAGUCCACGAAAAAAAAAAAAUAACCCUUGUUCUUCUCAUCUCCUUUUUCAGGUUCAGAGAGCUCUUGCAGAUUUCACUCAUUCAUCUUUCUUCCUUCGCUUAUGAAUUAUCUGUUCUUAUUAUAGAUUAUGGAUAAGAAGGUUCUUGAUUACUUGUUGGUCCCCUUGGGCUUGUUCAUAAUGAUGGCCUACCAUGCAUGGCUCCUUCAUCGGAUCAUGAAGCACCCCAACAGGACCGUCGUCGGCAUCACCGCCAUUAACCGGCGGUUCUGGGUUCGAGCUAUGAUGGAGGAUGUUUCCAAAACCGGUGUUCUCGCGGUGCAGACGCUGAGGAACAACAUAAUGGCGUCGACCCUGCUGGCCACGACGGCGAUCACCCUCAGCUCCCUCAUUGCCAUCCUCAUGACCAGCGAGAACGGCAACCAAUCCUCGCUCUUCAUCUUUGGGGACCGGAGCAAGUUCGGGUUCUCCGUGAAGUUCUUCGCCAUCCUCGUGUGCUUCUUAGUGGCCUUCCUCCUGAACGUGCAGUCCAUAAGGUACUACAGCCACGCGAGCAUCCUGAUCAACGUGCCGUACAAGAAGAUCUCGCAGCACCGGCACCACCACCAGGCUAUGGCGGAGUAUGUGGCCUCGACGGUGAACCGGGGAAGCUAUUUCUGGUCGCUGGGGUUGCGGGCGUUUUACUUCUCCUUCCCUCUUUUCCUGUGGAUUUUCGGCCCAAUCCCCAUGUUGUUGAGUUGUUUCGUGCUGGUUUUCGUGCUGUAUUUCUUGGAUGUCACGUUUGAGUUUGGGUGGGCAGUGGAGGCUUCUGAUGAUGAUGAGAGGAAAGAUGAGGAAGUGGGAAGCGCGAUGACGAUGAGUAUUGGCGGUUUAAACAGCUGAUCUUGAACUUCACAUGAACUUCACGAUAUAACUCUCUUAUAAGUUUUGCAAUAUAUUGAGAUAUUGAAAUA